GAGAGGGUUGUCGAAACUCGAAACGGCCUAGCGCUACCCAGAUGUCCCGGUAAAGUCGAUUCUUGCGAAAGGAAACGUGGCUGCAAGCAUAGCGGGACGACGCGAGAUGUGGUGGAGGCGCGCGGCGGUGGCUCUGGUGCUGCUUGCGGCCGCGAGCGUUCCGAGGGUCGCCCAUGCGCAGGCGCCCCUCAGCGGCUGCCAACCCCCCGCGCCCGCCGACCGCUUGAAGCUCUACGGGCCCUUUAACUACACACGCAAGAUCCGUACGCGCAGUCCCGAGGCCCAGGCGCUGUUCGAUCAGGGCAUGAUGCUGGCAUUCGACUACAACCAGGUCGAGGCCCGCGCCGCCUUCCGCGCCGCGCUGUACUACGACCCCUACUGCGCCAUGUGCUGGUGGGGGCUGGCAUACAGCAGAGCGCCCUUCCAAAACAAGCCCGCGGUGCCGCCCGCGCUGCCCGUGGCCAUGGACGCCAUCCUUCCGCGCUACCGCCUCAAAGACCUGCUGGCAGCCCGCCGCGCCGCCACCACCGCUGCACAGCUGGUUGGGCUGCUGCCGCCAUCCGGCAGCAGCAGCAAGGGCGGCGGGCCGCGGGCGGCGGGCCAGCUACGGCUUAUGGCGCGGCUGACGCACUGCCCGCCCUCCUACGACGGCGAGCAGCAGGGGGCAGCGGACGGCAGCAAGGGCGCGGGCACGGGGAGGCGGGCGCUCGAGCUGACGGGCAGCAGGCUACUGCAGGCUGUGGAUGGGCAGGGGAAGUGGCAGGGCCAGGGACUGCAGCAGCCAGGGCCGCUGGGGCUGCCGGCACGGCGGCUGCUCAAGCCCUGGCUCGUAUCCGGCCACAAUGCAACGGCCCCCGCCCCGGCCCCGGCCCCGGCCCGGGCCCAAAGUGCAGGGACUCCCGCCAAGUCCCAGCCUGCUUCGUCCACAGCCUCCGCACCGUCACCGUCAGCAGCAGCCGUUGGGGGCGGCAAAGCGGGAGGCGCAACAGCGGGAGGUGUCACAGCGGGCGGCGCUACAGCGGGCGGCAAAGCGGGCGGCAAAGCGGGUGGCAAAGCGGGCGGCGAUGCCGGAGGCGACGGCGACCACCCGGACGCGGCGCAUUUCCCCUUUGGCAACCCCUACGGCGCCGCCGCCGGCUCCGGCGCUGAGCUGCUGGCCCUGGAGCGGCACUACGUCGCGGCCAUGGUGGACCGAGUCAGUGAGCCGGGCGGCGCCACCUGGGGGCCGGCGUGGGCGGCGGUGGAGCGCCGCUUCGCACAGGAUAUGGCGGACAUUGCCGGCUGCUGGCUGGAGGAUGCUGACGCGGCGGCGCUAGCGGCGGAGGCGGCCGCCAACCUGAGCCCCUGGAACUUCUUUGACCCCGUCACCGCCGCCCCCCGCGAGGUGACGCCGCUGGUCCUGCAGCUUCUGGACGAGGCGCAGGCGCGCAGCGGGGCCAGCCCCCACCCGCUGGCCGCACACCUACAUAUUCACGUGACUGAGGGGCUGCCGGCAGGCCGCGGCGACAAGCAUGCAGGCGUGGCGGAGGAGUCUGCCGACGCGCUGUGGGGUCUGCGCCUGCGCGCCUUCGACCACCUGACCCACAUGCCCUCGCACACCUAUGUGCGGGUGGGGCGCUGGGCGGACGCAGUGCAGGCCAACGUGGCCAGCCUGGCCGCCUCCGCCGCCGCCUCCGCCGCCUGCCUGCCCUCCAUGUACCCCGACCACGACGCAGCCAUGGGCGUGUUCGCGGCGUCCAUGGCGGCAGACCUGCAGGUGGCGGACACCUACAGCCGGGUACUCAGAGACCUGCCCAGGUUCAUUCGGGACGCGCCCGCCAGCGUGGGCGGCCAGUGGGGCGCACCCCUGCUGGUGUGGGUGCGCUUCGCCCAGUGGCGACAGGUGCUGGCAGCAGAGCCGCCGCCGGCCUUCGUGUUCCAGCCGCCUCUGACAGGACUGGGAGCGGGCAACGCCACCGAAGCCGCCGGCGAGGGCGGCAAUAAUAGUAGUACUAGCAGCGGUGGCGGUGGCGGCGGCGGCAGCGGCAUAGAUGCUACAGCCGCGGCGGUGGCGGCGGACGUGGCGGCGGACCCCCGGCUGGACCCCGAGCUGAGGGCGGCGGUUGCGGCGGCGGCGGGGCGGGGGCCGCUGCGGGGCACGGACUUCACACCGGACGGAGUGGAGUACGCCCGCGUGCUGUGGCACUUCUCCCGCGUCAUGGCGCUGGCGGCAGAGGUUGCGGCCACGGAGGCGCAGCAGGCGGCGGCAAACAGCACCGCGGGUGGGGUGGGCACCAGUGCUGGCACUGGCGCGUCCCCUAAACCCAUGACGGCGGCACAGCUGGCGGCGGCCGCGGCGGCCGGCUAUAAGUCAGCCACGGACAUGGCGGCUGAGGCGGCCACAGUGCAGGACGAGCAGGACUACCGCCAGAAACAACAGGCCGCAACAGGCAGUAGCAGCCUUGGCAGUGGCAGUAGCAGUAGUGACGGCGGCAGUAGCGCGGCAGAGCUGCUGGCGGGCCGGCGGCGGGCUCUGGCGGCGGAGUGGGCGGCUCUGCGUGCCGCCAACAGUCUCGUGCCGUACGACGUGCCGUACCCGCCGGGGCAGGGGCUGGGCAUUGUGGUGCCGGGCUGGAGGCUGCUGGCUAACGUGCUGGGCAGGAUGGCUGAGGCGCGGCUGGCGGUGUUGUCAGGCAACCUGGCGGCCGCCGCCGAGGCUCUGGGUCAGGCGGCGGUGGUGGAGGGCAGUGGGGGCUACUACGAGCCGCCCCGGCUGGGGCCACAGCCGGCGCGGCAGUGUCUGGGCUGGGUGCUGCUGCGGGCAGGGAGGCUGAGGGAGGCCCUGCAGGCCUACCUGGGGGACCUGUCCCAGUAUCCUGACAACCCCUGGUCUGUGCGGGGCCUGCACAUGGCCCUGCCGCCCGCGCAGCAGCAGAUGGACCAGUUCGCAACACGGAGAGACGCGGCCCGGGCGGAUGCGGACGCAGCGGUGGCACGCGGCGACAAGGCGGCGGCGGCCGCCGCAGAGGCGGAGGCGGCGGGCCUGGAUGCAGAGCUGACUGCGGCGGCGCCGCUGGUGGCGGCGGCGAGGGCGGCGGCGGCGGCGGUGUCUCCGGCAACGCUGACGACGGCGACGGUGCUGCGCUCGAGCUGUUUGGCGUUCUCUGACUUUGCAAAGUAAGGCGUGAUGUUAUUAUUGAUGAUGUUACUAGGGAGGGUUUACGAUGACCAUUGAGAGAAUGAACUGCCCAAUUUGAGUUUAUGUUCAAGGGACACAGCUGGCACAACGCGAUUAUCGCGAGGUGUGUGCACCGGGGAGGUGGGCAAAGUGCGGUGUGGUUAUGGUAUGCUGGAGGCGGCGACUGGUUAGCCGGUUGCCGCUGGUGCCAGGAAGGCCUGCUGGGCAGUCUGGGCUGAUCUUGCGCCCCCAGAGAGCACUGACAGAGACCGCGCGCGAGAACUGAGCCUUGCUUGAUCAUGCGGCCCUGGGGCCACUGUUCGUUUGGCGGCUGGCCCUCAGGGCCGAGGCUGCAAUUGAUGUGUGUUGAUUGUUGCUGUAUCCAGCGACCGUACGUGUUCGCAAGCAAGGCUCUACAACGUCAUGUUCGCUUGUGCGUGUUGCGUUUUUGAAAGCACGCCGAGUCGCCCAGCCGGCCCAGCUUUGCCACAUUGCAACCUGUCACGGCCGGUCGUCAGCCUUGCAACUGGCUACGCUAUGCCGCCCUGCCCUUACUUAUUACGGUAUGCCACGUCUGCAUCUAUCCGCCAACCACCCUUAGGCGGCCUUAAGGGUGGUAUGUGUGUAUGCGUGUGGCUUAGUGGCCAGUUCGACUCUGGCGUGGAAGCUAUCAUAAGGCAGUGGCGUGUGUGUGCUGGGGUGGGUGGGUGGGUAGAGGUUAGGUAGGGUAGGGUAAGGUGGGUCGGUAGGUAAAGGUUCCGUGGAGCUGUUUGAUUUUAGGUAAGCAAGGUCCACGGCAAGGUCCUGUGGCAGACAGGACUACCCAAUGCAGUGCGUGGCCAGCGCACCACCCUGUGACUUCCCCUGCUAGAGGGGGCCCGUGUACCUCCAGGGGGUGGGGUUGCUGGUGUGUAGCCGACGUCCGAGGACUCCAUGCGGUAUUGCCUGCAGAGGGUUGUGCCCGUGGGUUGUGCCGUACCGCCCAUUUGAGGUAACAUGUCUGCUCUCAGUGCGUGUUCUGCUGACUGCUUUCACUGCUUGCAAGCGACAACAACCUCUGCUGCCGUCUGCACUCGCAUUCGCAUUUUAGCAUUUCAGUGACAGUGGGUUGAAACGGGUUGCGGGACUUUCUGGUGCAAUGGAACCGGUUGCUGCUUGCUGAGUCCCGACACUGUGCAGCCGCACGUAUGGUUGCGAUAUUAGAAAG